AGGUAACUCUAUGGGUUAUUGCAGAGAGUAAUAGUGUCUCUGGUUAUUGUGAACUAAUGGAAGGGAAAUAACUCUACUCAAAUGUGAAACGUAUUACCGGCCACUGUGAAAUAGCCCACACUACAGCCAGGCUUUAUAUGCGGUGUUUACUUGACUAGAUUUCGCAGUGACUAUUGAAACUGAAAGUGUCUACAAUCUUAUGUACAUAGAUCUAUAUCUAGAUCUAUAUCUAUAUCUAGUAAACAAUAGGUUUCUCUUAAAAAAUGGCAACUCAGACUGAUGCAAUCGCAGUUAUUCCAAAAGAAAGACCACAAGGAACCUAUGAUGACCAAGGCCGGCUUCUAAUCGAUGGAAGUUUACUGGAAGGCGGAGGACAAAUUCUACGGAAUGCAGCAGCUCUCUCAUGUAUUCUGGGAAUUCCCAUCAAGGUCAUCAACAUAAGAGCAGGCAGACAAAAGCCAGGAUUGAGGCCCCAGCACAUGACUGGCCUUGACCUUGUGUCCCGUCUAUGUGGUGGCAGACUUGAUGGCUGUGUCGUUGGCUCAUGUCAAGUGACCUUUGACCCUGGACAGAUUGGCCAAGGGGAGUUUGUGGCGGACACCAAGACAGCAGGGAGUAUCUGCCUGCUGAUGCAAGCCGCUGUUCCAUGCUUGCUCUUCUCCCCCGUACCCUGCAGACUGCUGAUGAAGGGUGGGACCAACUGUGACAUGGCGCCGCAGAUUGACUACACCACUAUGAUCUUUAAACCUAUUGCUGAAAAGUUUGGAAUGCAGUUUGAAGUAGAUAUUAGGAGGAGGGGCUACUUUCCUAAAGGUGGAGGUGAGGUGGUGGUCACAUCCCAGCCUACCCAGGGUUUGGUUGGUGUGCCGGAUGCACUCAGCCUCAGAGGAGACUUGUCAAAGGUCUACAGUCGCUCUUUUGUAGCGGGAAAUUUGCCAGCUCAUAAUUGUUGCUGAGACAAGCACUGGAUGCCUUCUAGGUGGAUCUGCCCUUGGAAAACCAAAGACUCCUGCAGAAGAUGCUGGAAGAGAAGCAUCAGAAGAACUGGCCACUGCAGUGCAUAGUGGGGGAUGUGUGGAUGAACAUUUGCAAGAUCAACUGAUCCUGCUGAUGGCUCUGGCACAGGGGCAGACCCGAGUCCUGUGUGGUCCGAUCACCCUGCACACACAGACUGCCAUACACAUAGCACGGCUCAUGACCAAGGCUGAGUUCUCUCUGGAGGUGGUGGACGAGUCCAAAGGCACCAUGAUGUUGACCUGUGAAGGCAUCGGACACCAGAACCCCUACCUUUCUUCCUAGCCGGACAGGGCGCAUGGCAAGCGCAAUAUAACAUCACGACGGUGUUGUCGCUGUCUGUUAGUGACGUCGCGAAGCUGUUUACUGCUGUUGGUGAGGGUACUGGGCAUCAUCUGCUAAAGUGAAUUAAAAGAUGCGAGAUCACUAAUUUUUUUGUUUUAAAAUACUGUAAAGCACCUUCAAAAUUGCCUAUUUUGUGGGUGGUUAGUAAGCGCUCUGUUCCUUCUUUCCUGCCAAACAUCUGCUGUCAUUGUCUCUAUUCCUUUUCUUUGUAUGUUGUAAUUACUCUCUAGUACUAUAUACUAAUAUGACUUAUUUGUGUUACAACUACCACAAAACUUACUAAAACUUACUUAAAAACUUGAACACAUUUGUGUCUAGUAGGGCGUUUUAGUUUUACUCACACAAAACAACAUGAAAUCUGUAGAACAUGUUGAAUUUGAGAGCUUGUCGCAGGAAAUGCAAUUAUCAGUUGAUGAUACCAAUAUUUAUUACAAUGGUUUGUGAGUACGUAUGUGUAUAUUUUUUUGUGUGCAAAUAUGUAGGCGCGUAGGCUACAUGUAGGCCUACACUCUCUCUGUUUGUGUUUGAGCGUUUGCAUGGGUGUGGGUGAGUGAGAGAAGCGAGAGUGGGUAAAAGAGUGAAAGUCUUGGAAAGAGACAGUUUGUGUGUGUGUGUGUGUAUGUGUGUGUGUGUGUGUGUGUGUGUGUGUGUGUGUGUGUGUGUGUGUGUGUGUGUGCGUGCUUGCUCAGGUACACAUUCAUGUAUUUAUUCUGGUAUUUUGACCGUUAAAGAACAAAUGUGUAGUCCACAUAUUUGUUGUUGUUGUUAAAAGCUAACUGGACUCUUUCUGAGCCGAAUGAAUAAGUAUGAAUAAACUAUUGAGCCUUGGCUGGCUGCUGAUGUGUGAACAA